ACAGAAACGUGCGAAAGUAGCAAAAUUUAAUGUUUUUCGGUAUUAAUUACAAGCAUGGCCUAGUUUCAGUACAUCUGGGAAUAGAAAGUUUGUAAACAUAUCAACCUUGGAGGCUGCUACAUUCAGAAGUGAUUUUAGAGCUACACGCAAGGUUAACAAAAAUGGCAAAUGAUUAUUUGAAAAGCAAAUGGAGAUUGUGGUUCAGCGUGUAUGAUGCAAAGCACAAAAGCCAGCUGUCAAAAGAAGAUAUAAAAGAAAAAGAAGAGAAAUUUGCAAUACUCAAUCACCUUGAUGCUGAACGGAAGAAACAGAUCAUAGAAACCAUGAAUAAAUUAUUGUCUGAAAAUGUAUUCUAUGGAAAACCCGGUCCUAUUUCGGAAGACGAAUUUGUUGACAUGCAGAACGUGGACUUCAAGACGGAUAAAGACAAUUACAUCGCCAAAAGGAGAAAGUAUUUUACCACUGCGUUUAACAUGAUAGAUCUUUGUGGAGAGGGUAUAACAGAGGAAGAGUUUGUCAACGCAUUUAGGGCAAUGGGUCACGACAAUGUGUCGCUGGAUAAGAAGUUCUUCCAGAAUUUCAAACCUGUUGAUGGAAAGAUUCCAUUGAGUGUUUUUGUGGAUGCUAUGGUUCAGUUCACAACGUGCGAGGACAGCUCAAAACCAGACCUGGUAAAACAAGGACUCGAAUCAGGCGUUUAGCUGACAUCUCCCGACGAUAUCACGCAAUGCCAAAAUCAAACAGUGACUAUUACUUUUACAGCAAUGGCAAUAAUUGUUGUCAUUUUUAUUUUGCAUCAUAUAUAAUGAAUAUAUUUUGGAAUAUAAAGAUAAGAUAAGAUAUCAUUAAUAAUGGUGUCACGUAUAUCGUAUGUACAUUUACAAAGACUGUUAAUUAUAACAACUUUAACACCCGACCCAGUGGGCCUAUAUGUCACCUUAUACAAAGUCUGAAACACGAGUCGUAAACAAGUAUAUAAUGAGACUGGGAAUGAUAUACAAUAAGAAAAUGGUAAUUAUGCACAUGAAUGUGACUGGAUAAUACAUUGUGGACUUCACAUUAGAUCAUACUGAUAAUUAGCGGUAUACUUGUACACAAAAUUUUUCAUAUAUACAAAUUACAUACCACAGGCGCCUGAACUAAGAAACUUGAGAACUGUACAUAGAGGUAGGUGUGCCCUGAGUAAAUAUUUUGCAACUUUCCGUGCAUAAUUGUUUAACAAAAGUCUCAUUUUGUUUUCUUCAUUCAAACCGUUAAGCCGUAACGUUAGAAUUGUGCAGAAUAUCAACAAAUAUUGAACUACGAAUACCAUUAUAGUGCGAACAGUUUUCUCAUUCUCUACACAGUUUCCAGCAGUCUAUCAUCGGGAGCUUCUCUAAAGUACAUGCCAGUCUUAAUACGUAUUGGCGAAGUACCGUACCUCAAUUAUGACACUAUAUGAUGUAUAUAUUUAUAUUUGAAUAUAAUCAUGACACUCAAAUGUACAAUAAAUCGACAGCAUGCAUCGCA